CACAUUUUGUAUAUUUUUAAUUUCGCAUUUGUUGGAAUUCGCUUUUGACCGACAAUAAUAACUAACCUCAUCUACUUAACCUAACAUUUCUCAACGUUAUAUUUUCGUUCAAAGCGCCGCAAUGCCUGUCUCUAGCGAUGUUGUUCGUAAAGAAACCCCCAUGGAAAUUAUAUUUACAGACGAAGACCUCCCUUACGAAGAAGAGAUCCUCCGCAACCCCUACUCUGUGAAGCACUGGCUGCGCUACAUUGAGCACAAGAAGAAGGCCCCGAAGCACGGCGUUAACAUAAUUUACGAGCGGGCCCUUAAAGAGCUCCCCGGCUCUUACAAACUUUGGUACAACUACUUACGCACUCGCCGCCUCCAGGUGAAAAACCGCUGCAUCACAGACCCCGCAUUCGAGGAAGUCAACAACGCUUUUGAGCGCUCCCUUGUUUUCAUGCACAAAAUGCCGCGAAUUUGGAUGGAUUAUUGCAGUUUCCUGACCGAUCAGUGCAAGAUAACGCGGACUCGGAAGGUUUUCGACCGGGCUUUGAGGGCGCUCCCGGUGACCCAACACCACCGGAUUUGGCCCCUUUACCUCACAUUCGUCAAAAAGCACGACAUUUCCGAGACCGCUGUGCGCAUUUUUCGCCGGUAUUUGAAGCUCAGUCCGGAGAAUGCGGAGGAAUACGUUGAGUAUUUGACCGAAGUUGGGCGUUUGGACGAAGCCGCCGUUGUGUUGGCUAAGAUUGUCAAUGAUGAGAAUUUCGUGUCACAGCACGGGAAGUCCAAACACCAGCUCUGGAACGAGUUGUGCGAGUUGAUUUCGAAAAAUCCCGAAGAGGUGCAUUCGUUGAAUGUUGAUGCGAUUAUCAGGGGCGGCUUGAGGCGGUACACUGAUCAGUUGGGGCAUUUGUGGAACUCUCUGGCUACGUAUUAUGUCAGGAGCGGGUUGUUUGAACGGGCGCGGGAUAUUUACGAGGAGGCGAUUCAGACGGUUACAACUGUGCGGGAUUUUACGCAAGUCUUUGACGCCUAUGCACAGUUUGAGGAGUUGACGUUGAGUAAACGGAUGGAGGAGGUGGCGCAAAAGCCCAAUCAGACUGAAGAUGAUGAUAUUGAGUUGGAGUUGAGGCUGGCGAGGUUUGAGAAUUUGAUGGAGAGGAGGCUGUUGCUGUUGAAUUCGGUUCUCUUGAGGCAGAAUCCGCAUAAUGUGCAGGAGUGGCACAAGCGAGUGCAGCUGUAUGAAGGAAAACCACACGAAAUCAUCAACACCUACACCGAGGCGGUGCAAACCGUCGACCCCAAACUCGCCGUAGGCAAACUGCACACCCUCUGGGUCGAAUUCGCCAAAUUCUACGAAACCAACAAACAAAUCGAGGACGCUCGUCUCAUUUUCGAGAAAGCCACUCAAGUGGCGUACGUGAAAGUGGACGAUUUGGCGACGGUUUGGUGCGAAUGGGCCGAAAUGGAGAUACGAAACGAAAACUACGAGCAAGCCCUCAAACUCAUGCACAGAGCUAGCACCAUGCCAUCACGCAAAGUGGCCUAUCAUGACGACACCGAGACCGUGCAAGCCAGACUGUACAAGUCGCUGAAAGUCUGGUCGAUGUUGGCCGACUUGGAGGAGAGUUUCGGGACGUUUAAGUCAUGCAAAGCGGUCUACGACAGGAUUAUUGACUUGAAAAUUGCAACCCCGCAGAUUAUUAUCAAUUACGGGUUGUUCCUAGAGGAGAAUAAUUAUUUUGAGGAGGCGUUCCGGGCCUAUGAGAAGGGGAUUUCGCUGUUCAAGUGGCCGAACGUUUACGACAUUUGGAACACGUACUUGAGCAAGUUCUUGAAGCGUUAUGGGGGGAGCAAGUUGGAGAGGGCGCGCGAUUUGUUCGAGCAGUGUUUGGAGAACUGUCCUCCACAAUUCGCCAAACCCCUCUACCUCCUUUACGCGAAGUUGGAGGAGGAGCACGGAAUGGCCCGACACGCCAUGGCUGUGUACGAAAGGGCCACAAACGCUGUCCCUCAGGAGGAAAUGUUCGAAAUAUUCAACAUUUACAUCAAAAGGGCGGCCGAAAUUUACGGGAUUCCCAAAACGCGCCAGAUUUACGAGAAAGCGAUUGAGGUCCUUCCGGAGGACAAAACUCGGGAGAUGUGCGUCCGUUUCGCCGAUAUGGAGACGAAGUUGGGCGAGAUCGACCGAGCUCGCGCCAUCUACUCGCACUGUAGCCAGAUUUGCGACCCGAGGGUCACGACUGAGUUCUGGCAGAUCUGGAAGGAGUUUGAGGUGAGGCACGGGAAUGAGGACACGAUGAGAGAGAUGUUGAGGAUCAAGAGGAGUAUCCAAGCGAUGUACAACACUCAGAUUAAUAUGAUGUCGGCUCAGAUGCUGAGUUCGGCGAGUUCCGUGGCGGGGACUGUUGCUGAUCUGGCGCCGGGGGUUAAGGAUGGGAUGCGGUUGCUUGAGGCGAAGGCGGCGGAAAUGGCAGGGACGUCGAGUGGGGUCCGGCCUGGGAAUAUUAUGUUUGUGAGGGGAGAGACGCAAGGGGAUAAUAAGGAUAAGGUUGUUAAUCCGGAUGAGAUUGAUAUUGGGGAUGAUGACGACGAGGAGGAGAAUGAGGACGAAGGGGAGGAUGUGCCGGUUGAGAAGCAGAGUAUUCCGUCGGAAGUGUUUGGUGGGUUGAAGAAGAAGGAUGAUCAGGGGGAACAGGAUGAGGGAUGAAUGGGUUAAUCUAUUAUUACUGAUGUGUAUUUAAGGAUAAAUAAAGUGUUUUACUUUUA